AUGGCGGAGCAUCAACCAAAUACCGCGCCGGCGCCACCGCCGCAGCAGUCGCACGAACAGCACAACCAGUUGCAGCCUCAGUCUCAGCAGCAGCCGCUACCCGGCUCCCCGCGGGAGGACACGAUGGCGUCGUGCGUCGCGGCUAUGGAAGCGGCGCUGCUUCCCUGCCUUCCCGCGCGUGAACUUCAAGCGAUAGAUCGCUCUGCCCAUUCUUCCCAUCAAAGUACGUUGUAUCCUCUCCACACACCGUUGUCCUCCGCAGAUCGUUUUAUCUUCUGGUGUUGUUCUUUGAGUUAAAAUUGAGAACCAGGCUUUGAGUCGUGGAUCUCGUGCGCUUAAUCCAGGAGCGAAAUGGCUAACAUAUGCUAUUGAAUUUUUUAUUGAUUAAGCACAAAAAUCUAGCAUAGGUAACCGAAAUGGCCCGAAUGAUGUGUGAAUUUGACUGAAAUGCGUGAGAGAUGUCAUAGUUUCGUUGUAAGUCACAUGAACAAUAAUAGUAAGGUCACCGAAUUGGGUUUGCUUUAUUUCACGAUCUGUCGUAUUAUGGGUGGAAUUGAGGCAUGGUUUCAAUUUUAGGCGAUUGAAAACAAGUAGAGAUGUCAUUUAGAAGUCUGUUAUAGGAUAGGGUUAGGGAAUAAUCUUAAUAUCUGGACUUUCUAAGGACUUGAAUGAUUGGAAAUACGAGAAGGUGAUUUUACUAAAGUCGUGUAUACAAGGAAUUUAAAAAUAUUCUCAGAAAAAAUUGGUACAUUGUGUGAGGUUUAUGAAGAGAAUUUAGUUGAGCAUGGGAUAAAAUAUGUUUAACCAAUCUCUAUUAAUGCCCCGACAAAACUUCAAUUGCUUUUCUUCCGAUGGUUUGGAUUUAUUCAAAGGGAGGUUGUCCAGGCUAUUGAAUGUAGGUGGCGCACUGAUGAACUAGAUAGAAAUGUCGGGACUGAAAAUGAUCAGGUUAAAAGGGAAAAGUCGAAUAUCAAAGUUUUUUCACUUUGAUAAAGUGUUGAUAAAAUCGUCCGUAUGUCGGAGAAAGAUUCGGUAUUGUUAAUAGUUCUAGCGUUGGAUGUGAAAUAAUCUCAUGACAGUUGCCUACAAUGAUUUAUUAUCUUUAUUUUGCUUUUCUCCCCAUACAUUACUUGUGAGAUAGCCCCUGCCUUCCUUUAUUCCCAAGAAAAAACUCUCUGACACCCAGCUGAAUUGCUGUAUCCAAAAAUGCGUCUAUUAGCCUGAUGAUUUCUUGAGCCACAGGCUAUCUCUAGCAUCAGAAUAAAGAAAGAGAAAGAAUCCACCAUCAGCAGUAAGUUGAGUGCUAGUGAUAUUUGAAGUAGCUUAUAAUUUUCACUUACUAUUGAAUUUUUUUUAUGAAUACAAAAUUAUAUGUAAAUAAUAUUUUAAUAUUUUUUGGAUCCAUUCUGCAUCGCCCACUUUGCUGUGGAGAUGUCAUUACAGAGAUUAUCAAAUACAAGAUUAUUGAAUUUACAAUAGCAACAGCUACUGGAAGCAGUAUUUUUACCAAACGGUGACUGGGAAUGGGCUUCGGUAUUUCUUGAAUGUAGUGAGCGUAAUUACCCUCUUGAAUUAAAGAAAAGUAGAGCACUGAGAACAGUGCGAUCGGACAGCUAAAAGUCUCGGUCGUUACAUCCAGUUUAUGUCGCAAGAUGAUGAUUAUGUCUUUUAAAAGCAGCAUGCAAGUGUGGGCAGGUCUGAAAGAAGAUCUCACAGAACAGCAUCCAUGCAAAAAAGUGAUGUGAAGUCCACGUGACAAAUUUGUAUUAUGUAUGGACCAUAUGUUGUAUGUAUACAGAGUUCAAAGUUUUUGUGCAAAGCCUGUCUUGUGUUUUAAACGAUUUCUUUAUUGAGUCGCUUGGUUCACUAAUAAACUGAUCACUCCAGGUUUAAUCAUUUCACUCCAAAAGGCUGUCUUUAAUGAAAGAGGAAUCCUUGCCCUUUGAUCUGGUAAAAACAUGGUAGCUGAUCAUUAUGCCGCAUUUCCACCUGCCCAACGGGCACCAUAAAUGGAUACUUCUGAAUGUGAGAGAUCAGUCACUCAUUUCAUGGAGUGAAUGUAUUGUUAGAAGUAGAAAUGGUUUCUAGCCAGAAUUUUGUUUACUCUGAGCAAAACCAGUCAUUACUUCAUUCUUUUAAAAAUGGACAGUAUGGAAUAUGUGUUAAAUAUGCAAAGAGAGGAAUCCAUCAAUGGGAUUUCAGAAGGCCCAAAAGAUCCAAAGGAUUAUUUCAUCAGAGUUCCAUACUUAGAAAACUUUUACAUUUUACUCCCAUACUGUUGAUGACAUUGCUGACCUUUCUGGAAUCAUCUUUGGCUCACCAAUCAGUGACUUAUUUACUAGGUUCCCAAUCUGUUUCUAAUCAAAUUCUUUCUUAUGAUCAGACCUAUUUCCGUCAGGCAUGACACUGAAACAGUGAUAUAUAUAUAUAUAUAUAUAUAUAUAUAUAUUUCUACUGCUGCUGCAUGUUAGCCCAAGAUAUCUUGUUUAUUAAUAAAAUGUGGACCGUAUCUUGGUAAAUUGGAGAUACUUAGGUUUAAAGAAUGCGGUUUUUGUAAGCUCGUGAAAUGUUUCAUAGCUAGUCAUGAAACUUUUGCCUUUGUUGAUAUCGUUGUAUAUUUAUGCCUGCUUUCUCCUACUUGGCUUAGAAAGCAUUUGACGAUAGGCUUUGAUACUUAUACAGUUGAUGUUGAAAGGCACGGCAGAGAUUUCAUGGAAGCUGCAAAGAAGCUCCAGCUGUAUUUCGUCGGCCUUCAACAUGAAGAUCAACCCACAAGAGAAGAACUGCUUAAGAAGGUCUACUCGCUGUACCUUGUCCCUGUGGAUAUCUAAUUCCUAAUCUAUGUAUCGAAAUCCCCACUUCAGUUAAGACCCAAUUAAGAUACUAAAAUUAAAUGAGUUUUUUCAGUUUUAGGGCCCCUGAAACGUCAUGAAUUAGAAAAAAUCUUGGAAGAUCCAUCCACAGGAAAACAACGGUGUUAUUAUCAUCUGUUUCCUUUAUCUAUGAAUAAGAAGGCGAGCUUUGGUGAAAACACAAGAAUGGCAUAAAGAUCAAAUUAGGGUUUUCAGUUUUUAUCCCCACAAUGUAUCCUGAAUUGAAAAAAACCCUAGAUAAGCUGAAUUAAGAGGUGAGGCCCCACAAACUCCAUGUUGUCAAAUCAUUCUCUUGGGGACCCUCAAAUGAUCCUUCUACUCCUCCCAGCCAAUUCCAGAAUAGUUUCCUCCCAAACGGGCAUUGCUUGUUGUUCUCCCACCUCAUGAAAAUCUGGAGUGAUUCUUACCGCCAAGAAUCUGAUAUCCAGGAGAUUGCCCUGAUGGAGGAAGAACUAAAGACAAAGUCCGAGCUGAUCACGAAGCAUGAGGCGCUCAUCCAGAGGUGGCAGAAGGAGCUGAAGGAUCAGUUGGAUAGGCACACCAACGAGCUAGAGAGAGUUUAG